GGGGGAGGAGCUACCUUUGAAGUAUAUGUGUGACGUCACAAGCAGCCUCACCGCUCAUUGGCUCAUGCCUUCUCUCCGCCCCCUUUUUCCCAGGCAGUAGCCAUAUUUGUUGAUGUGUCAUAUCAAAAGGACUUGUUGGGCCGAUUAGCUGCUGUCAAGGCAGAUUAAAGUUCACCUUUUACCCCAAGUUGCCUGUACAUUGAACAGCUCAUGGAUUUGCCACACUUGAUUUGAUGAAAAGAAGGCACUAUGGAGCAUGCUGAUCCUGCCUCAGAUUCGCACAUGGCGGAAGGAUCUGACGUCAAGUCGGUGACAGGCCUGCAGCUCCAGAAGUGUACAACUCAAGUGGAAAAUCACACGUCUGACGAUUGCACAGAGGAAUGUGUGCAGACAGAAUGCAUUCCUGUGGACAUCCAAACAGAGGUGGAAGAACAAGAAAGAGAGCGUGAUCUCGCCUGUGAUAACAACAGUGAUGGCAUGACAAGUUCAGUAGAGGAAGAAAGGCCACCUCUAUCAAAUGAAGACUCAUUAUGUGAUGCACUUGAAAGCUCCCCCUCUGUUCUUGAAGGGACGAUAAAAACGUUGCUGACUUUUGACAAUGAGUUCCCUACGGAGGAGUCGCCACCAGAUGUGCUUUCAAAUGGUCACAGGGACGAGCACGCACCGCAGAGACACAAUGAAUUGCUUCACAGCACUUCCAAAAACUCCCCCCCAAACUCCGCCACCACAUCCGGCAUUUCUAACGGCCCCUCCACUCCUACCUCAGACACCACCAGCUCCUCGCUCGUCUGCAGCCCACAAAGCGGCACCAACGCAUCAGCCAACCCCUCCGAUUCCUCCUCGAGCCCUUACGACACGGACUGCAGUCGCAAGAUGAUCUCCCAGCUCCAGCGCUCGUUGUCGCAUGAGUCCCUGCUGGACGAGCUGGAGUCUGAGCUCUUGGCCUGUCGGAUGUCGGACGGCGAGCUGGAAGGCAGGAAGAAAGCAAGCCAGCCCGUCAAUGGACUCACUCCGGAGCAGGGCGAGUGCAUGGUAGUGUUUGAGAAGUGUGUCCAGUUCAAGUAUGACCAACAGGAAAAAUCCAUUCAGAGGUUGCUGGAGGAGAACAAGCGGCAUCAGGAUCUGAUCCUUGGUAUCUGCUCUGAGAAGGACAACAUGAAGGAGCAGCUGAAAAAGAGGGCUGAGACAGAGAAGCAGCACAUUGGCACCAUCAGAAAAUUGGAGAGCAGGGUGGAGGACCUGCUCAGGGAGCUGAAGGAAACUCGGGACAAACUCAUUCAGCAGGACCAGGCGGCCAAGGCUGGCCUCAUGCAUAUGCAGAAGGAGAUGACCCACCGCCUUGAACAGGCGAACAGGAAAUGUGACGAGGCGCGCCAAGAGAAGGAGACCAUGGUGAUGAAAUAUGUGCGCGGGGAGAAGGAGGCUCUGGACUUGAGACGUGAUAAGGAAGGUUUGGAGAAGAGGCUUAGGGAGGCCACGAAGGAGGUUGACCGCCAGGCCUUGCGGGGGAACCAGCUGGCACAGGAGAGAGGCCGGCUGCAGCAGCUGUGUGACGCAAAGGAAGGGGAGGUCACCAGGCUGAAUCGCGAGGUGGAAAAAUUAAAGGAGGAAAACAACUCACAUCUUAUCAAAGUCAGAUGGGCCCAGAACAAACUCAAGAGUGAGGCCGACGCCCACAAGGAGUCUAAAGACAAGCUGAGGGAUAUCACGUCCAAACUGGCGCAAGCCAAAGAAGAAACGGAGCAGAUCCGCAAGAACUGCCAAGACAUGAUCCGAACAUACCAGGAGUCCGAAGAGAUCAAGUCAAAUGAGCUGGAUGCUAAACUGAGGGAGACCAAAGGAGAACUGGCAAAACACAAGCAGGAACAAACUGACCAAUUAGAGGUGCAUCGCGUGAAGGCCAAAGAACUGGAGGACCUGAAGAGGAGUUACAAGGAGAGCAUGGAUGAGCUGAACACACUCCGCACGAAGUUAAAGUGUCUGGAGGACGAGCGUCCCCGCUGGGAAGACGAGCUGAGCAAGUACCGGGAGAUCAUCAACAGGCAAAAAGCCGAGAUCGGUCGCCACAAGCAGGAGUUGGACAAGAUCGCAGCGCUUGAGGAGCAGCAACAACGGGACCAGCAAGAGAUCACGUCUCGCUGCGAGGAGGUCGACGCGCUGAACAGCCAGAUGGCCGACCUCCAGCGCGACGUCCAGGGCAGCAGGGAGCGCGAGGCGGAGCUGCUGGGCUUCACUGAGAAGCUCAGCAGCAAAAACGCACAGCUGCAGUCCGAAAGCAAUGCGCUGCAGGCCCAGCUGGAUCAGCUCAGUGGCAGGUUCACCGAGCUCAAGGCCAUGCUGGAAGAGACCGGCAGCAUGCUGGACGACAAGUCGCGGCGUCUCAAGCAGGAAGAGGUGCUGAGGCAGCAGGAUGUGCAGGGCCUGCAGGAGGAGCGGACGGCGCUGCAAGCCGAAGUGAGCCAGCUCAAGACGCGGGUCGACGAGCUAAGUGACGAGCUGG